AUGAAUCACAUCAGCUCGCCCAACGAGCCCUUCCCCGCGCCCACCAUGCUGGCGCAGGCGACGACGACGCACAAGCAGGGCAACUUCGAGAUCUCGUCGCGCAAGCUACCCAUCUCCAAGUCCGGCCCGAUCGACGACAUGUCGCGGCGGCUGGGGAUCCCGAUCCCGGAGAUGAUCUUCGGCGACAACCUGGUGGCGGUGCGGCACGCGCCGUCCGGGUGGGCGGUCGAGUUCGCGGCCGAGCCGGCCCUCGACGCCGUCGACAAGACGGGCGCCAACAUGCUGCAGGUCGCCUACGCCGGCGAGUGGUCCUCGUCGCGCGAGCAGUCGUCCGCCCACGACAUCCGUGAGGUCGUCAAGCCCUACGACUGGAGCUACAGCACCACCUACCGCGGCUCCGAGACCGCCAGCCUGCACGGGCCGGCGCCGGGCCGCGGCCUGCAGCCCGCGGCGGAGGGCAGGCAGAUCCCGCUGGAGCUUCUCAAGAGGCGCGACCCCAUCCUCUUCUUUGACGAGGUCGUGCUCUUCGAGUCUGAGCUUGACGACAAUGGCGUCUCCGUCUUCAGCUGCAAGCUGCGCGUCAUGGAGCAGCGCAUGCUGCUGCUGUGCAGGCUGUACAUGCGCCUGGACGGCGUGGUCGUGCGGGUCCGCGACACGCGUGUUUAUGUGGACUUUGAAAAGGACGAGGUCAUCCGUGAGUACACGGCCAAGGAGGACAAGUACGAGAAUGUGACGAGGGGUCUACGCAUGUCAGGGCUCCAUCCUGAUGCUGUCACCGCUGCCUUUAGGGACGCAAAUCAGGUGGCGCACCUGCUGCCCAUCGUCGAGCAGAAGAUAGACAGUGUUUCGCUUUCGGAAUGA